UUUCUUCAAACAGACGAAGUUAGUGUGCAGGACUCUGAUCAAUCAUCUCCACCUCACUUCAGAGGUGUUUCCGCCCCCCUGUGUCCACAUGGCUAAUGUCUUCGUCUAUGGCACCCUGAAAAAGGGGCAGCCCAACCACUAUCGUAUGUUUGACAGCGUCAAUGGAAAGGCGGAGUUCCUCGCCUCAGCCUUCACCACUGAGAAAUACCCGUUGGUGAUUGCCAGCGAGAACAACAUCCCUUUCCUCCUCAACAUCCCCGGCCAAGGUCACCAAAUCCAAGGUGAGAUCUAUAAAGUGGACGAGCAGAUGCUGGAAUUCCUGGAUGAUUUUGAAGGCAUUCCCAUCAUGUACCAGCGGACUCUGAUCAAAGUGGAGGUGAAGGAAUGGGAGGGACCGACAGAGGGCGAGGAGAAGCCAUCACCUGGAAGUGGCGCAGAGGCUUUUGUGUACAGCACGACGACGUACAAGCCAGAGUGGAUCUCGCUGCCCAGCUACGAGAGCUAUGACUCAUAUGGGGAUCACGGGCUGGACUACGUCACCAGAGAAGCACGGGACUGAUGUCACUCGCAGGAUGAGAUUAGUAGAUCCUGAAUAGAUAGCAUCCACACAGCUUACAUGCAUCUCCAUAAUACAUAAGUCCCCUUUCUACCUCUGUACAAAGCUGAAUAUUUCUCACAUUUGAAGGAAAUCAUACUUGAAUGCAUGUUCUGUGUCUAAGAUCUUGGGAAUGAGUUAUUAUGUAUAGCCUGGUUCAAUGUAGCUUCCUCUUUAUGUGCUGAAAUUGAAAAAAAACAUUAAAAAAUGACAUUAUUAAGUAUCGAGGCAGUGAAUCAUUAGAGGCAAGACAGUAAUCAGCCGUAAAACUUAAAAGUAUAGGGAGAUAUUGCAACCAAUAGUAUUACUUCAUUAAGAGAAAGGCUUCUGAUUGUAAUGUAAAUGUCGAUACUAAGAGUACAAUCAAUAAUAAUUUGCUAAAGUGCUAUUUCUUUGACAGCAUUAGGUCAACAAAACCUCUAAAAACAACCCAUGUGUGUCAUUUAAAGUCUGUGGUUUCAAAUGUUUUACAUCACAGGGAAAUGCUGCACUGUAGAUACAGCCGUAACAAUCAUGGAUCAUGUUUUAUCAUCCUGUUUCUCAGUAACAUGCAAAUGUUUUCAUGCUGAAAGGCAUCAGAAACGGCACACGGCAGAGUAGAUGUGAAAGAAAGGUACUUGACUAGUCAGUAGUUAACUCUGAUUCACAGCAGGUGAGAUUACCGUUAUACUGGACAGCAGCCUUUCUGUAACUGAAGCCGGGUGUUGCUGUGAAAGAAAAUAGAAGCUUGAUCAGGUUUCCUUGCAGAGAUAUGGAGUCAGAUUUAUCACAGACCUGUUAAGCUACUGCCUCAGGCGUCUUUAUUUCAAAAACACUUAUUGGAGCAGCAAUUUAAGCUCUGUAGAUGCUGAUAUUGUAUCAAAGCCGUUAGAGGUGGCGUGCUGUGCAAUUGGUCCACUGAGGCUUUUUGAAAUUUCCCCAGCGUUAAAUCUUGAAACCACAAAGGCACUGUUUUCAGAACGAUUUCUACAUUUCCAAACGAUAUUAGUAUGUUUAAAUGUGCGGUCAGUUUGAAUCAAUGGGCAGAUAAAUCAGCUGGCGGAGCUUAACAUUACUUAGCUGCACUUUUCAAUGAUGAAGAAAGAAAAAUAAAACAGGAUUUUACCAAUAAAAACUCCCUAUAGCUCCACUUUUGUACCCAUGACUUGACAUUAUUUUUUAUAUAUGUAUAUUUGAGUUUUCCAUUGAAAUACAAUAGUUUAUAAAAU